AAUAAAACAUUGUUUGAAUUGUCGUAUUGUCGCAUUAGACCACUUUAGUGCAUCCUGGACAUGAUAGGAUUAGAAUCAGCCGAUUACAUAAUUGACCAUGUUUUGCCUCUUGAUUAUUGUUUGACCUUAUUUUAGGAAUCAACUAUGGCGGCCGUAAAAAUUUUGUCUUCCUAUGGUCCAUUCCUUAGUCACCAAGUCAUGCAAAAUUCAAUUCCUUCGCAAGGACAUUUAUCUAUUCCUUAUUCCUCGCAAUUUCUUCUACUUCUAUAUAAACCCAAACAUUCUUCAACUGCACAAUACCCAUAAAUCAAAUCCCACAAAAAAAAAAAAUGGAAGAAAUUCUAAUCAAAUCAGAAGAUAAACAAACCCAUGAUCAAGAUUUCACGAACAUCCAUCUCCGGCUUUUAGACCUCUCCGAUAUCGACGAUUACAUGGUCUGGGCUACAGACGAUAAAGCCAACCAAUUUUCGUCAUGGGACCCUAAUACAUCAAAAGAAGUUGCCAUGAACUAUAUAGCCAAUUUCAUAAUCCCCCACCCUUGGUUCAGGGCAAUCUGCAUCGACGAUCAUCCGAUUGGGUCGAUUUCUGUUACCCCAAACAAGGGAAGUGACAAUCGUAGGGGGGAAAUUGGGUAUGUUUUGGGGUCAAAGUACUGGGGCAAAGGGAUUGCCACUAGGGCUGUAAAAAUGGCUGCUGCUGAAAUAUUUUUUGAGUGGCCACAUUUGGAGAGGCUUGAGGGUUUAGUGGAUGUUGAUAAUAUAGGGUCACAAAAGGUGUUGGAAAAAGCUGGGUUUCAGAGAGAAGGUGUUCUGAGGAAGUAUGUUAUACAGAAGGGGAGAGCUAGGGAUGCGGUUGUCUUCAGCCUUUUAUCAACUGAUCCCCAAGUACAGUUAGGUUUUUUCGAUUGAUUUAUUUUCCGAUGGAAGAGUUUUCGGUUGUGGUGUUUAAGUAUAGUGUUUUGCUGGGGAUAUGAACGUUUAGCCUGUACAGAAUAAUGUGGCAGUAACAUUUGUGUGAUUGCAAUGUGUCGAACUUUGAUUUCUUAUGAAUCGACCACAUCAAUCAAUAUGGAGUUUUCUUUAUAUAAGAUUUAUUUGUAUAGCAUUA